ACCAGUUCCGUUUCCCUUCCUACUGACUAUGUACUAGGCGAGUCUCCACCCCCUGUCUUCACACGGCAUGGGCGACAGAGUAACGCUUUUUGCACUCGUCCAGCCUGCUGUGCCUUGUGCGUCGUGUAAUAUUCUUAGUAGGCUGCUCUUCGUAGCCGGAGGUUAUCAGCGCCUCGCGGAGCCCGCUCAUUUCCUCUCGGCGUGUUGCGUUACUAGUCAUAGCAGCGCACCAAGGCGCACGCGUCUUCUUUCCGCGAAUCGUGUGAAUCCGCCGACGGUAUACUGUCACGAACGCGUAUUACGCCGCGCCGCUAAGUACCAUAGUAGUCUAUUAGUAUAGUAGUAGCGCCUAGUAACCUGCAGGAGAAACCCGGAGUUACAGCGGGAGUCGUCAGCGCGUCCUCGUCUUGACGUCGCAUAGCGUCGCCAUCUAUCGACCCUGACGAAGCUGCGAACGCCGAUCUUAGUAAACGCUUCCCUUUCCCUAGUAUUAGCAACGGCAACGGGGGCGAAGAGGCAGCGCCGCGGAAGCGAUGAUUAGGCGCAUCCUCGCGGUAGUGCUGCAGCUGCUGCUGGUGCUCCUGCUGCUGCCCUGCUGCUGCUUCCACCGCGCCACCGGCACGUUUGGCAGUCAACCCGACCGAUCGGUCUCCAACACGGUGUACAUUGUUUCUCUCCGCUCCGCGCCCCCCGUCCUCGCCUACCGCGGAGGCUUCGCGGGUUUCCCCGCCACUGCACCCCCCCCGCCCUCCCCCCGCCUUGCUUCCGCCGCCCAGUCCGCCUUCUCCGCGCUGCAAUCCGCCGCAGACCGCGUUCGCGGCGCGCUCGGCGGUCGCAUCCGCAAGGAGUGGGAGCGCCAACGGGGAAAGUGGCGGGGGAAGGGGAAGGCACUCGUGCGCUCCGCCAAGGCGCGGCAAUUCGCGGCGUUCCUGAAGCGCCAGCAACGCAACGUCGCGGCGUCCGCGGGCGUGCCCCCCGCGAGAAUCCUCCACAGCUACCGGUACUUAAGCAACGGCUUCGCGGCGCGGCUAUCCCCGGCGCAGGUGCGGCGGCUGCAGCGGCACCCCGCCGUGGCGCGGGUGCGCGCGAGCGUGCGGCUCUACCCCGCCACCACGCACUCGCCCACCUUCCUCAAACUCCCCGCCUCGCUCUGGAACGCGUCCCGCGGCACCUGGGGGGAGAGAUCCGCGGGGGCCGCGGGGGUGGCGGAAGGGGCGGCGAGCCGAGGGGAGGGGGUGGUGAUAGGCGUGAUUGACAGCGGCAUAUGGCCCGAGCAUCCGUCGUUCGCGAGCCAGCCCGGUGCGCCGUCCCCGACCGCGCCCUCAACCUUUGCGGGCGCGUGUGAGACGACGGGGGACUUUGAGGCGUGCAGCGGCAAGGUGGUGGGCGCGCGGGCCAUCCGCGCGGCGUUCGAGGCGGAGGGCGGCAGUGUCGACCUCACAGUGGACUACCUCUCGCCGCGCGAUUCCUUCAACCACGGCUCCUGGUGUGCGGGGGCGGCAGCGGGCAACAGCGGCGUGGACAUCACAGCCAAGACCGGGCAGCUGAUCGGCGCAGCCAGUGGCAUGGCCCCGGGAGCCCUGCUCUCCAUCUACAAGGUCCUCUGGCGCAGCAGCUCUCAGGCCGCCUCCGCUCCCCUAGCAGACGUCAAAGCUGCAGUGGAGCAGGCCAUUUUGGACGGUGUGGAUGUGAUCUCCAUCUCGCUCGCGGGCCUCUACGACUACACGGACUACUUCACCGAUGUCUCUUAUUUGAAUGCACUGCGAGCGGGCGUGGUGAUGGUGAUGGCGGCGGGGAACGACGGGCGGCCGCCUACCGCGUGGUCUUCGUGGCGCACGCUGAGCAACUUCUCGCCGUUCUAUCUCACCGUGGGGGCGAGCUCCAUUGGCCGGCAGUUCAGUGCGGCUGUGACCAUGGGGAACAGGAAGAGCCUGGUGGGGGCCAGCAUGGGCGGGGAUGAGCGCACGGCUGCUGGGCUGCCGCUGGUUGAUGGCCUCACUGCCAGAAUAGGAGGGACCUACGAGGGCAAGUACUGCUUUGAGGAGGGCUUAGACCCGGCCAAGAUCGCGGGCAAGCUAGUGGUGUGCGUGCGCGGCACUGCAUAUAUCUGGCAGAAGGUGCAGGAAGUGAGCCGAUGCGGUGGGCUGGGGAUGAUAUUGAUCAAUGAUCCCAAGGGCGACUCAAACUUGUAUGACAACAUUCCCUCGCCCGUGCCGGUGCUGCAUCUGACGGCCAAGGAUGGCGCCGCGCUGCUGACGUACAUGAAGAAGACGCGCAAUGCUACUGCCAGCAUACCUGGAGCUUUCACCAUACGCCAGCUACCGGGCCACCCCGUCAUCGCCUCCUUCUCCUCCUCUGGCCCGCUCGCAGACCCCGCAGACUCGCCUAUGCACCCCUACCCCACUAAUGACAUUCUUAAACCGGACCUAGUCGCGCCGGGUCUCAGCCUCUGGUCGGCCGCUGCUGGGAGCCUGGAGAACGCAGGCGUGGUGACCUUCGGGCUACUAUCGGGGACGUCCAUGGCGACGCCGCACGUGGCGGGCGUGGCGGCGCUGCUGGUGCAGCGUAACCCCACGUGGAGUCCGGCGCAGGUGAUGUCGGCCAUGCUGACCAGCGCUACCACCACCAACGACGCCGGCAAGCCCAUCAAGCUCGAGAGCGGCGCGACCGCCACACCGUGGGAGAUGGGUGCGGGGAUGAUCAACCCGCCGGGGAUGCUGGAUCCCGGCUUGACCUACAACAUGGACGCUCAGGAUCUGCUGAAUUUCCUCGCCGGCCAAGAUCACGGCUUGACGCAAUCCUUAUUCAGAAACUACACGCUGUCUCCGACUUCCCCAGCUAAUCUCAACCGGCCACUUAUUUCAGUUUCCCGAAUAGCGAAGACCGCGACGGUUUCGCGAACAGUCACGAACGUCGCCAGUGCAGCGUCCAACUACACGGCGAAAGUGGUGGUUCCUUCGGGAGUGAAGGUGACCGUGAAACCAGCGACGUUCGCCAUUGGGAUUGGCGAAAGCGUUACAUUCAAUGUAACGUUCACCGUUACCAAGCAGUCCUCGAAAUUUUCCUAUGGCAGUCUGACGUGGGUUGAUAAGUUGGGCCACGCUGUUCGAUCUGUGCUGGCCGUGCAGCCGUUGAGAAGAUAGCAACCAACAACCGGGUGGCGCGUAUUUACUGUACUAUAUUGAAGUGAUUCGAGUGACACCACAAACUUGCACGUCUGUACAGAUUCUAUCUACUUCUAAGCACCACAAUGAGA